UUUAAAAAAAAAAAAAAAAAAAAAAAAAAAAAAAAAAAAAAACCCUGUAGGGCUGGUUGUCUUUUCUCUAUUUGUGUUCUGAUUGUUUCAAAGGUCAGUCAGAUUAAGAUCUGUCAGAAGAUGAGCAAAUCAGAAAAACCUCUGUCAACACUAUGGGGCUGUGAACUAAAUGAGUCAAACAAACAAGAGUCUUUCAAGACAGAUGACACAAAUCAUCAGCACCAGCUUGCAUUAAGAACAAUGUGCUUGGGUCACACUGUGAAAGAUGAGUUUAACAUAGUUGAACUGGUUACUGGGGAGGGUGAUGAUGCCAAAGGUGUGCCAAUUGCAACUCUACAUGCCAAGUCAAUGCCUACAGUCAACUUGUCUGGCUUAGACUUGCAUCCUCCCGUGACCUUUCGGCUGAAGCAUGGCUCAGGCCCGGUAUUUGUUGGUGCAGAACAUGUAGCCUUGGAAGACUAUUCAGAUGAAGAAAUGGAUGAUGAGAUGGAGGAGGAGGUGGAGGAAGAAGAGGAAGAUAUUGAAGAGUCACCUGUGAAGAAAGUUAGCAAAAAUGGUGCUGGCAAAAGAAAGAAACCAGAAAAGGGGGAAGAUGAGGGUGAAGCAUCAGAAGGUGAAAAUAAUCCCCCUAAAAAGGGAAAAGGAAAGGGUAGAAAGCCAUUGGCUGCAAAGGUUUGACCAAGCAAGAGUACCAGUUGAACAACUUGAUUCAAACAAAGUAGUCUGUAGCACUGUUCAAUUAUACCAUAGGGCCUUUCGGGGGAACAGAUUUUGAAAUUAUUAUGCUGCUUGUCUUGCUUUGCAACUAUAUCCUGGCUUUUAGUAAUAAAAUUGCAAAAGAAAUGUUUCCUAAUUGUCAGACACAAGGGGACUGUAUUAAAUGAACCUAUGUUUGUAUUGAG